AUAUAUGUACAUGUUAUCUAUGUACAUGUUAUAGAACCCCAAACCCUUCAUAUCAGCUAGAAAGAGUGGUAAAAGAGAGACAUGUACAGAGCAGCCAGCCAUAUAAUAAGGUACAUAUUCUGUAAACUUUACCCUUUAGCGAGCACCUACAACUUUAUAGGACUCGACUGAGACUAAGAUAUCUCGGAUUAAAACUUUAUGUGUGUAUUUGCAAAAGUAAAAAAAGAAAGAAAAAAAGGAGCUACAGCGUUCGAGGAUGUUUUUUGAAGUUUUUCGGAAGUUAUAGGGAGUAAGUUUCUGAAAGAGUAAGUGUAGAGAUUUUAGAGAGAGAGAGAAAAAAAAAAAGACUGAAGAUUACACAGCGAGGGCAAGGUUUAGGAACUAUGAUGAAUGUACUGUGAAAUUUAUAUAUUUCUCUCAGUUUGGAUUUCAUCGUCGACUACAUCAAGAUGAAGUGUAAUCAAGGCAUGAUCUGUUGGUGUUUCCUCCUCCUCUUCGUCCGGCCUGCAUACUCUACAGACGCAUCUGUUGGUCUCGGCUGGAACUGGGAAAUGUGGUGGACGUAUGAUGGAAUAUCAGGCCCGGAGUUCUGGGGCGUGAUCAACCCGGCGUGGGCGAUGUGUUCGGAAGGGCGCCGCCAGUCCCCCAUCAACCUGGACCCCCGCACCCUCCUGCACGACCCCAACCUGACCCCAAUCACUCUCGACAAGACGGAGGUCAAAGGUCAACUAGUGAACACAGGUCACAGCCUCGAGUGGCGAGUCAUCACUUCGUCCGCCCUGCCGUUGAACCUGUCCGGUGGGCCUCUCUCUUAUACGUACUCCAUUAGCCACCUCAGGAUGCACUUUGGGGAGCGUGAUCUCCAGGGUUCAGAACAUACUAUUGCCAACUAUGCUUUUCCCGCCGAGUUACAGAUCUACGGUUACAAUGCACAGCUCUACAGAAACUUCAGCCAGGCAGCCUCCCAGGUCUACGGCGUGGUGGCUAUUGCUGUGCUGGUGCAGCUGGGUGACCGCACAACACCAGCUCUCGCCAAGAUGUUAGAAGCUCUGCCAAGUGUUAAGUUUGGAGGUUCUUCGUCAGCAGCCUACGAUCUUAUCAUAAGCGAGCUCCUGCCUUCCACUGAACAUUACUUAACCUACGACGGGUCCUUAACUGUACCUGGCUGCUACGAGACAGUGACAUGGAUUUUGCCCAACAAGCCUCUUUACAUCGCUUUCAGCCAGAUGAGAAACCUCCGGAGAUUAAAACAAGGUUCUUCCGACUUCCGGAGAAAUGCGCCGGUUGCUAACAACUUCCGGCCACUGCAGUCUGCCCACCACCGCACCAUCCGGACCAAUAUUGACUUCGGUUACUCGCAGGGGAAAAAAUGUUCUAUGGCUAGGCCUAAAUUGCAGUACCGUGCGAACGACUGGCGAAAUUCUUGACCACUAUUGCCAUCAAGUGAUCAUGUAAAUAUUGCAUGUGGACAUCUCCACCCGUCUUCAUCCGUGUGUAAAUAGCUUUAUUCCUUUGCCAAAAAAAAAUUCUUGUUUAACCAACACCUUGAGAGGAUGGUCUCCUGACUGGGUAUAGUGCCAUAGUUUGCUGAUGUAUUGUGUGACAUUCCCCAUAGGACAAUAAAUAUGGUUUGUAAGAAUUUCAUGUUUGAUUAUCCUUAUGGAUAUUUCGGGUGUGAUUACAAUGUGUUUUGAUAUGCCUUU